AUGGCGAGCGGAAGAGUAGAUCUGGACGGGAACGCGAUAAAACCGAUCACCAUAUGCAUGAUUGGCGCCGGAGGUUUCAUCGGCUCGCAUCUGUGUGAGAAGCUGAUGGCGGAGACGCCGCACAAGGUGCUGGCGGUGGACGUGUACAGUGACAAGAUCAACCACCUCCUCGAGCCGUCCUCCUUGCCCUGGGCCGAUCGCAUCCAGUUCCACCGCCUCAACAUCAAGAAUGACUCCCGUCUCGAAGGCCUCAUUCGCAUGGCGGAUCUUACCAUAAACCUUGCUGCUAUAUGCACACCAGCCGAUUACAACACACGUCCACUUGACACAAUCUAUAGCAAUUUUAUUGAUGCUCUGCCGGUGGUUAAAUACUGUUCGGAAAAUGGCAAACGUCUCAUACAUUUUUCCACUUGUGAAGUUUAUGGGAAAACGAUUGGUUGCUUUUUACCCAAGGAUAGUCCUUUACGUCAGGACCCUGCGUACUAUGUCCUUACGGAAGAUGCAUCACCUUGCAUUUUCGGGCCUAUUGAGAAACAGAGGUGGUCAUAUGCAUGUGCAAAACAGUUAAUUGAGAGGCUGAUCUAUGCUGAGGGUGCUGAGAAUGGCCUGGAAUUUACAAUCGUGAGGCCCUUCAACUGGAUUGGCCCAAGGAUGGAUUUCAUACCUGGGAUUGAUGGCCCAAGUGAGGGUGUACCAAGAGUUCUAGCCUGCUUCAGCAAUAAUCUCUUAAGGCGUGAACCACUGAAGCUUGUGGACGGAGGCCAAUCACAGAGAACCUUUGUUUAUAUUAAGGAUGCCAUCGAAGCUGUUCUUUUGAUGAUUGAAAAUCCGGCCAGGGCCAAUGGUCACAUAUUCAACGUCGGCAACCCUAACAAUGAAGUCACAGUCAGACAGCUUGCUGAAAUGAUGACUCAGGUCUAUACAAAGGUUAGCGGAGAAUCUCCAGUAGAUACACCCACGAUUGACGUGAGCUCAAAAGAAUUCUACGGUGAAGGGUAUGAUGACAGUGACAAGAGAAUUCCCGACAUGACCAUAAUCAACCGCCAGCUCGGAUGGAAUCCGAAGACAUCGCUUUGGGAUCUGCUCGAAUCCACUCUCACUUACCAGCACAGGACAUAUGCUGAAGCCAUAAAGAAGGCUACUUCACAAGCAAUGGCCAGUUGA